CAACGUUUUCAUUUCUAGCCUACAGUGUCCAGUUAUAGUCAAGUGUGAAGUUGCCUGACACUAUGGGGUUGCUUUGGGCAGUGAUUGUAUCCCAACUUGGCGAUGCUGGCAAAUGCACAAGUUCAGCUGUGGCUGCUGUGACUGCAGAACUUUAAAUUAAGGAGAGGAGAUUCCCUAAGUCAAGAGUUGGCCAUGGUUUACAGGAGACACUGCUCGUGCACUAACCCCUACAGUAGUGCUACAUGUGAUUGCCAUGCCACCCCCAGGUUCCACAGCAUUUGUAUGGUCUCUGACUUUUUUUAUCCAAAUGUGGGAGGAGUGGAAAGUCACAUUUAUCAGCUGUCACAGUGCCUGAUUGAAAGAGGACACAAAGUUAUCAUUGUCACUCAUGCUUAUGGGGACAGGAAAGGGAUUCGCUACCUCACCAAUGGCCUGAAAGUUUAUUACUUACCGUUGAAGGUCAUGUAUAACCAGUCUACAGCAACAACCCUUUUGCACAGCCUUCCGCUCCUCAGGUUUAUAUUCGUAAGGGAACGUGUCUCUGUCAUUCAUUCCCACAGCUCCUUCUCUGCUAUGGCCCAUGAUGCACUCUUCCAUGCCAAGACUAUGGGGCUGCAUACGGUUUUCACAGACCACUCUCUCUUUGGAUUUGCUGAUGUCAGCUCGGUGCUUACCAACAAGCUUCUCACUGUGUCUUUAUGCGACACAAAUCACAUCAUCUGCGUUUCUUACACUAGCAAAGAAAACACUGUUCUCCGGGCAGCUCUGAAUCCUGAAAUUGUAUCUGUCAUCCCAAAUGCUAUCGACCCCACAGACUUCACUCCAGACCCCAAAAUAAGGGAUAGAAGUAGAAUUACUGUUGUCGUAGUUAGCAGACUUGUUUACAGAAAAGGAAUUGAUUUGCUGGGCGGUAUUAUUCCUGAAAUGUGUCAGAGAUACCCAAAUCUCCAUUUCAUUAUCGGGGGAGAGGGACCAAAACGAAUCAUUUUAGAAGAGGUGCGAGAAAGGUACCAGCUCCAUGACAGGGUGAGACUUCUGGGAGCCCUGGAACAUCAGCAGGUGCGCAAUGUCCUCGUGCAAGGGGAUAUCUUUCUGAACACAUCUUUAACUGAGGCCUUUUGUAUGGCCAUUGUAGAAGGGGCCAGCUGUGGAUUACAGGUGGUGAGCACAAGAGUGGGUGGAAUUCCUGAGGUGCUACCCGAGAAUUUCAUUAUUCUUUGUAAGCCGUCAGUGAAGUCUCUGUGCAGCGGCUUAGAGCAAGCCAUUAACAGGCUGCUGGCUGGGGAACUGCUGAGCCCUGAAACAAUCCACAGAACAGUGAGCACAUUUUAUACAUGGAGAGAUGUGGCUGAGAGGACUGAAAAAGUAUGUGUAUACAAUCGAGUGGCCCAGGAAGUUGUCCUACCAAUGGACCAGAGGCUUGAGCGACUUGUGAGGCACUGCGGAGUAGUGACUGGCUGUAUUUUUGCCCUUUUUGCCAUUGUAAGCUUCCUGUUGCUGAACUUUCUGAGAUGGAUGACUCCAGAUUCUUCUAUUGACAUUGCUGUGAAUGCAACAGGGCCAAAUGGUGCCUGGUUGAGACAAUAUUCCACUGAAAGGAAACAUGAACUCACCAGAAAGAGGGACCCUGAUGCCUGUAAAGAACCAUCUGACCUUUCUGCAGAACAUUGAUAUAUUUGGUGAACAACUGAAUGAUUUGUACAGUAUUCUCAGUGCGAAGUGCUGCCUAAUGCAAUCUGAUGCUUACUAUUUGGCAUCAUUUCCAAUUUCUUCCAUUCUACUUUUAACAGUUAUACUGUUAUACAUAUUGUUAUACAUUUCUGUUGGCCUCUGCCCGUAGCAUUGAGGUUUUACUUUCCUACAAAGUGCACAGGGCUGAUCUUUGGGUAAUGAAAAGCAUUUGUGCUAGGCCUCCAAUAAAAGAGGCCCAUUGGGCGUGGGAAAUUAUUGGUAAAAGUACAAAACAUGGAUGAUAUUUUCAUAUAUACUUUGGCCUUUUAGCCAUUGUUAGAAUACAACUUAUUGAUGACUAUGGACAACCACAAACUAACUGGGUGUAGCCCAACAACAGCUGAAGGCAUUGCAAAUUGCACACAUUUGAAAAGUUACUCUGCCCUUAUAUUGGGGCCCUGCACUUCCGUUACAGCAUGGGGUCCCAUCUUGUCUAAAGCUGACCAAGGUCAGAUCCAAGUUUAACCAAAUUGGACCAACAAUGCACUGAGCUGUAUCAGGAAGGUCUGAUUGUUUGGCCACAUCCGCACCCUGAUUCAGUCCUUUCUAACACACCUGAUAAAUAUCUGGCUGAUUAUCUGGCAAGUAUCAGUCAGACAGGGGCCCAUAGAUUUUUUGAUUGUGCAAGAGUAGCCCCUUAACUGAAGCACUUUGUAUGUUUGAAGUCUGUAUUACAGCUCGACAGGCUAAUGAAGUCAUGGGGGCUUAUUUACUAAAACCGGGCAAAUCUGCCCACUGCAGUUACCCAUAGCAGCUUAUCUAGCUUUCAUUUUUUUUUAUGGGGCUGAUCGUGCAAAAGUAGCCCCUUAACUUAAGUACUUUGUAUGUCUAAAGUCUGUAUUUCAGCUCGACAGGCUAAUGAAGACACGGGGGCUUAUUUACUAAAACCGGGCAAAUUUGCCCAGUGCAGUUACCCAUAGCAGCUUAUCUAGCUUUUAUUAGUUUACUGUAAGAAGUAUGGAGAGCCAGGUUAGUACCUAUGGGUGCUAUGGCUGCACUGAGGCUAAUUUGCAAAGUGUUGAUAAAAGGUACAGUACAUGAAUGAGUUUACUGAUUUACCUACCUCCUAGGGUUGUCAGAUCCAAACUAAAGGGGCAGUGUCUUGCUCUUAUCAACAUGAGCCAAAUAAAUCAGAAAUAUAUUCUGCCAAUUCUCUGUUUUAAAAAAAAAAAAAAAAAAACUGGUAUUUUAUUAAAUAGGCAAGCAGAUGGUUUGGUUUUUACCUUCACACCGUUCCCCUGGAAUCAGCUGCUGUCCCAUACGCACAUUCCAUGAGAAGGAGAAUCUGAUUAAAUCACUUGUCCUCGAGAGUUGGAAUUAAAUUGAAACUUUCAUACAUUAUAACCCCCAUUUAUUAUUAUGCCACGCUUUAAUAGCUCUUUGUUAUAUUCUGUCAUAAUACAGGUUAUUAUCAUAUAUUUAUAUUGUUUAUUCCUUCUAAGCAGCUGUUUGCCUUUACUCAGCCUUCUUAUCCCUUUCAGGCGUUUCGAGUCAGACAGAAAAUAAAUAGUUCCAUGAGCACCAGCAAAUGGGUCCUUCAUAUGCAAGCAUAAAUGUGCCAAUAACUUGCCAGAAACAUAGUUCAUCAUUUUUAUCAUCAUCAAUUAGUGGGCAGAACACAUUUCCCUAAAGACCCUGUUUAUUUGGCUCAUGUACAAUAGGUUAUUAAUUCCCCUUUAUGCACUGGCAUAAAGUGUCUAACAUAGGGUUACCACCUCAGCAAUAUAUUGAAUCCACAUCCUGCAUGGCUAAUUAGCAAUUUAUUUAGCUGAAUGCUGCAGACUGAACUGAUUUAUGUGCAGCCAUGCAGCAUGCAUCUUAAUUACUUGCUAGCCAUGCAGGAUGUGGAUUCAAUAUGGGACUGGUAUUAAAGUGAGGUGGCAACCCAGUUGAACAUGGAGUGGUUAGGAGAAUACACAUAGAUGCUCAGGUAUACAAAAUACAGAGCAUAAUCAAUAUUUUAGAGUUAUUUUUAAAUGUAGAAGUUAAAGGAAAGUAUAUUUGUAUUUUUGAAACAAGGUAAAUGACAGGUCUUCCACUGCUGAUUAAAGUGAGGGUAUUGUUCCCUGCUUUAUGUACCGUCAUUAUGCUGCCUAUGCAAAAUGGGUGAGAAGCAUCACCUACAAUGGUAGCCCCUUCUCUCACCAUAGGAGGAGGGACGCAGUCUGAAAAACUGAAUUCUUAAACCCGCCCGAUAGAUAUGUGGCUGAUUGUAUUCCCCAUACACAGGCAGGUAAGCAGCUGAUUUGGUCUUGAGGGGCCAAAUCUGCAGCUGAAAUCUGCCAUGAAUGGCCAAUUUAACAAAGGCUGCUGCUUAUGAUUUGUUUAUACAGGCAUUGUUAACUCUUCUUGAACAAAAAACCCUGCGUUUCACAUUAGUUUUUUUAAAUUGGCUAAAAUGUUGCAAAAUAUGGAUUUUCUUUGAUAAGAAUGGAUAGAACACAUUUUUAACAUGUUUAUUGUGUUCAUUGUUAACAAAGGUGUAUGUGGGGAUGUACUGCCACUAUAAGUCUAUUUUUAUUACAAAGGAGUGGGCAUGGAGUUUUACACCAGGAGGCAGGGGCUUUGAUUUAUAUUUUAUAUUGGAUUUAUAUUUUAUACACUGGUGCUUGGUGGUUGGUUGCAGGACAGAUGAAGGUAGAAAAGCAUCCUUUGUUUCUGGGCUUAAAGGGCCACCACCAGCUCGUACCUCCUUCCCAAAUACAUGCACUGACUGCCUGACUUUGCACUAGUAACUGUGCAGCAAGGGCCUAUGGGAUGAAAUGGUUGCUGUAGUUUUUGAUGAUAAAUACGCUUUUGCACAUUUUUGGGGGCCAUUUUGCAGAAACAUGAUUUUUACAAAUACUUUAUUAAAAUGGUUCACUGUGACUGUUUAGGGACCGUCUUUGGUGGAGCAACAUGCAAUUGUGCUGUGCCCAAUCUACACACAUUAUAGGGCUGCAGUACAUCUGCCAGUAUUUGUAGCCCUGCGGCACUGAAAUAUGGCCCACGGGGGGCUCCAUUUGGCCUUCACGUGCCUAAAUCAGUGUUAUGGGCCCCAAGUCAGCUUUACUACUGAAAUGUGAGCAAGUUCAAAUCUGCAGGCACCUACUGAACCCAUGUGACUUACAUUCAUUAUGUAUAGCAAUUCCUUCUUGCUUAUGUUUCCCUUUAAAAUGCUUCUCACAUUCAUUGAUCUAAUUUUACAAGAGACAGUAUUGGUUUUGUGCCAAUAAAUAAUUUUUAAGACCUAAAAA